GAAAGUUACAUCCGGAUGCGUUGGAUGUAUGACAUUUCAUUCACAAAGGCUCAGUUGGCGAAGCCCUUGCAAACCCUAGAUAUUCCUCCCUCUUCGUUGGUAGUACUCUUUCUCUGCUUUGCGCUUUCACCAUCGCCCCUCUGUGCUGCGUUUCCUUGCUGCUCAGUCACCAUGUCGCUCAUUGCGGGCGAGGAGUUCCAGCACAUUCUUCGUGUUCUGAAUACCAACGUCGAUGGGCGUCAGAAGAUUAUGUUUGCCCUAACCUCCAUCAAGGGAGUCGGGCGUCGUUUUGCUAACUUGGUGUGCAAGAAGGCUGACGUCGACAUGAGCAAGAGGGCCGGCGAGCUUUCCGCAGCAGAGCUGGAGAACUUAAUGGUGAUAGUUGCUAACCCUCGCCAGUUCAAGAUUCCAGAUUGGUUCUUGAACAGGAAAAAAGACCACAAAGACGGUCGCUACUCCCAGGUUGUAUCUAAUGCCUUGGACAUGAAGCUCAGGGAUGACCUUGAGCGUCUGAAGAAGAUCAGGAACCACCGUGGUCUUCGUCACUACUGGGGCUUGCGAGUACGUGGUCAACACACGAAGACAACUGGACGUCGUGGAAGGACCGUCGGUGUGUCUAAGAAGAGAUAGAGUAUUCGUUAUGUAUCGGUUCGGAGUGUUAUAUUAAAAAGUCGCAGUUUUAAUGCAACUCCUUCCUUUGUCGAA